GCGAAGCGGACGGCUCUCCACAGCAGCAACAGAAGACAUACACUAAGGACUCAUUCGCUCAGGGAAUUACACCUAUCCACACUUGAAGCUACGCACUAUCUGAACCACGCUUGGCUCGAGUGUUGCUUCACUGGAAUAACUUGCUCUACGGACUACAACAUGGUCUGCCUUGUCCAUACGCGACCGUCUCUGCGUGCGCUCUGACCACAAACUCUGAAGGAUCGUUCUUACGGAGGCACGAGUGGGAAUAUUCUCCUGGAUGAUUACCACAACCUGGACUACGGCUGCGUGAACGGGACUGGGGGCCCUCCAUACACCCCAUACAGUGUGCGCUUUAAAGUGACACAUUGGAGCGCAGUGAAAAGGCAGAGAGGCAGCUUCUUUUCACGCUGUCGGGUUUAUUUUCACCUGGGACACUCAGAGCGAGGUGAAUGGGGCUGGAGCUGGGGGACUGACACAGCGGUGGGACACACCAGCGGGACUCGGGCAGCACUUGUGGGCUGUUUGGGGAGACGGAUCAGCCUGAGGAUUGUAUUCCCUACUCUUAUGUGCUGGCUCUAUUUACAUGUCCGUGCGGCUCGCUUUAUGACAAUGGAUUACUUUCUGCUUUUAUGCAGCUUCCUGCUGCCCGCGGUGUCCGCUGUAGAAGAAACGCUUAUGGACACAAAGUGGGCUACGACGGAAUUAGCAUGGACGGCACAUCCCGAAACAGGGUGGGAAGAGGUCAGCGGCUACGACGAUGCCAUGAACCCCAUCCGGACAUACCAAGUGUGUAAUGUACGUGAGCUCAACCAGAAUAACUGGCUGCGGAGUGACUUCAUCCCACGGAAGGAUGUGCUGCGUGUGUAUGUGGAGAUGAAGUUCACUGUGCGUGACUGUAACAGCAUUCCCAACAUCCCCGGCUCCUGCAAAGAGACCUUCAACCUCUUUUAUUAUGAAUCCGACUCAGAUUCUGCCACUGCCACUAGCCCCUUUUGGAUGGAAAACCCUUAUGUCAAAGUGGACACGAUAGCCCCAGACGAGAGCUUUACGAUGCUUGAAUCUGGUCGCGUGAACACUAAAGUCCGAAGUUUUGGACCGUUAUCUAAAGCUGGCUUCUACUUGGCCUUCCAGGAUCUUGGAGCUUGCAUGUCCUUGAUCUCGGUCAGGGUGUUUUACAAAAAGUGCUCCACCACUAUUGCCAACUUUGCUGUUUUUCCGGAGACAGCGACGGGAGCAGAGGCCACUUCUCUGGUGAUUGCUCCUGGUACUUGUGUUCCUAAUGCCUUGGAGGUGUCUGUGCCACUCAAGCUCUACUGCAACGGAGACGGAGAGUGGAUGGUGCCAGUCGGAGCGUGCACCUGCUCAGCUGGGUUUGAACCAGCCAUGAAGGAUACACAGUGUCAAGCCUGCAGUCCUGGAACCUUCAAGUCCAAACAAGGGGAUGGCUUCUGCCUCCCGUGCCCUGCCAACAGCCGAGCCACGUCAGGAGCAGCCAGCAUCUGCUCCUGUCGGAACGGCUUCUACCGCUCCGACACAGAUGCACCUGAGUCUGCCUGCACCACUGUUCCCUCCCAGCCACGCAGUGUCAUCUCCAGUGUCAAUGAGACCUCCCUGGUGUUGGAAUGGAGCGAGCCUCGUGAUAUGGGCGGACGCGAUGACAUUUUCUACAAUAUCAUCUGUAAGAAAUGCCUUCCGGAGCGGGGCAUGUGCACCCGCUGUGACGACAAUGUGGACAUCUCUCCUCGCCAUCUCGGACUCACCCAGCGCCGCGUGACUGUACGGAACCUCCAGGCUCACACGCAGUACAGCUUUGAGAUCCAGGCCGUCAAUGGGGUGUCCAGCAAGAGUCCCUACACACCACAGUUCUCCGCAGUUAACAUCACUACAAAUCAGGCUGCGCCUUCUGCUGUACCCACAGUUCACCUGAUGGCGGCCACGGCGAGCACCAUGAGUUUGUCCUGGUUGCCCCCGGAAAAGCCCAACGGAAUAAUUCUCGACUAUGAGAUUAAGUACCAUGAAAAGGAUCAAGGAGAGGCGAUCGCUCACACCAUGACCGCCCAAAGAAGCAGCGCACGUAUAGAAGGCCUCAAAGCGGGUACUCCCUAUGUAGUCCAAGUCCGAGCUCGCACUGUGGCAGGCUACGGCCGGUACAGCAGCCCAGCAGACUUCAGCACUAACCUCCAAACUGAUCCACCUAAGACUUGGCAAGAGCUAUGGCCACUCAUUGUUGGAUCAAUCACUGCUACCUUUGUAUUUAUCAUUGCUGUAGUGGUCAUUGCCAUUGUCUGCCUCAGGAAGCAGAGGAAUGGCUCAGAGUCAGAGUACACUGAGAAACUGCAGCAAUACAAUCAUCAAGUUUUGUCUGGCCGCAUCGAUUCACUUUCCCCAAUUCUCGCUACUGAAUCCCCCAUAGUAACGCCGGGCAUGAAAGUCUACAUCGACCCCUUCACCUACGAGGACCCCAACGAGGCGGUGCGCGAGUUUGCCAAGGAGAUCGAUGUUUCCUGCGUGAAGAUCGAGGAGGUCAUCGGCGCAGGUAACCCACCCAAGCUCCUGAGCUACAGGGGGAAGGCUGCUAGUCACCUCCAGGCCAUUCCGUUAGAGGACUUCACACCAAGCGGGGAGUUUGGAGAGGUGUGCCGCGGUCGCCUCAAGUUACCGGGGCGGAGGGAAAUCAUCGUAGCCAUCAAGACUCUGAAAGUUGGCUACACUGACCGGCAGAGGAGAGACUUUCUGUCCGAAGCCUCCAUCAUGGGACAGUUUGAUCACCCCAAUAUAAUCCGCUUGGAGGGAGUAGUCACCAAGAGCAGGCCGGUGAUGAUCGUCACAGAGUUUAUGGAAAAUGGAGCGCUCGACUCAUUCUUAAGGUUGAACGAUGGUCAGUUCACUGUGAUCCAGCUGGUGGGCAUGCUGCGUGGCAUUGCAGCGGGCAUGAAGUACCUGUCAGAUAUGAACUACGUACACAGAGACCUGGCUGCACGCAAUAUCCUGGUCAACAGUAACCUGGUGUGUAAGGUGUCCGACUUUGGCCUGUCACGCUUCCUGGAGGACGACCCUACGGACCCCACAUACACGAGCUCACUGGGAGGCAAAAUCCCCAUCCGCUGGACCGCCCCCGAGGCCAUCGCCUACAGGAAGUUCACUUCCGCCAGUGAUGUGUGGAGCUACGGCAUCGUCAUGUGGGAAGUCAUGUCCUAUGGCGAGCGGCCAUACUGGGACAUGAGCAAUCAGGAUGUGAUAAAUGCAGUGGAGCAGGACUAUCGACUGCCUCCUCCUAUGGACUGUCCCACAGCUCUGCACCAGCUCAUGUUGGACUGCUGGGUCAAAGAGAGGAACCUACGACCCAAGUUCACCCAGAUCGUGGCCACACUGGACAAACUCAUUCGCAACGCGGCCAGCCUCAAAGUGGUCACCAACAGCACACAAUCCACUGGGGUCUCUCAGCCCUUGCUUGACCGCUGUGUGCCUGACUAUACCACUUUCACCACUGUGGGGGACUGGCUGGACGCCAUCAAGAUGAGCCGCUACCGUGACAACUUCGUCAACGCCGGAUUUGCGUCGUUCGACCUGGUGGCCCAGAUGACAGCAGAGGAUUUGUUGCGGAUAGGAGUGACGCUAGCCGGACACCAGAAGAAGAUUCUUGGUAGCAUUCAGGACAUGAGACUACAGAUGAACCAGACGCUCCCUGUACAAGUGUGAGCUGUGGGACACACAGACUGAUGCAGUCUAAGGACAGACAGACUCCAGGGGCUGAACGGGGCUGAACAGGGCCAGAGAGAGCCAUGGGAAACCCCAGCUGCCUCACCAUCUCUUCCAAUUAGACACAAAGAACAGGCGUGCAGUGCCUCGGACUAGUCUUUUCUCCUUCUCACCGACGCUUCAGCUUUUGCUCAGUUUUAUUUACCAUGAUUUCUCAUCCCACAAGAACUUGUGUGUUUUGCUUUUGAGACAAAAAAACCUUCCCCAUGCCUCACCAUCACCUCCAGUGUCUAAUGGAUUUGCAUGUGCGUUCUCAUGUGGUUUGCCUUAACCUUCUGAUCCAAACCCAUCUGCUGUGAACACGGCAGAAAUGACACUCCCUGGUUUAUGAAAAUAACAUAAACAUCAAGUCAAAGGAAACUGAAGAGGUAUUUUGACCCAGACAAGGACAAACUAACCCAGUAGAUGUUAUUGCUUUCAUUUUCUCAGUGCACAUAUAUGUUAUUUUCCAUCUUCAUAUUGAAGGUGUGUUAUCCAAAAGGGCACUUGCUGGGGAGGAGGAUAAUGAUCGGGUCCGGGCGAGGAGGUCAGAGGGCAAAGAUGGCAGCCACAUCUCUGGAGACUGUUUUGGCUGUUUCAUAACCACGUGACCUGACUCCCUCAGUUCUUCUUUGGGAUCAUGUCUCCAUUAACUCUCUCUGUGUUUCAUUACACCCUCCCAUUUGUCCACAUUUUUGUUUUCACUUUUUCACAAUUGGGAGAUAAAUGACUUCAAAAUAAACCAAGUCGACCCCUGAUGGACACUUGAUGUGCUACAAAAGACUGUACCACAGUGACCGACCACUUGGCCUUUUGUGUGUUUUGUACCCAGUGUGCACUGUGUGAGUGAAUGACAGAGGAGUGUGUGGGUUUGGUCGUGUGUUAGUUGCACACAAAUAUACUGUACAAUACAGCUUCCGCUAUUUGCCAACGUGGAGAGUUACCGCAUGAACUGAACCGUGACAUGGAGCAAAAGUUAUGCUAUAUUCUGUGGACAACUGUUAAACUUUUUUAUUGAAUUAAAAAAAGAACUUUGGACUUCCACACAUAUAUAAUUAUAUGUAUGCAUCAUACGGAGAGAAACCAUGAUGGACACCUUACUUUCUACUUAAUAUUACCUGGAUUUAGAAUAAUCAAAAUUCUUGUUUUAAUUUCCUGCCCUAUGUAUUUAUUUGUACCUCCCCCACCCAUCUCCCCCUGCACCAAAACCAGGUGGACCUUUGGCCAUUUGGGACUAUGGAACAAUCAGAAGUGAGAGGAAUUUCAAGAGGAUUCUCAUUAAACUAAAGAAAUGACAUAUAAAUUGGAUAUUGUAUUUUUGUUGUUGUUCUAAACAGCCUGUAAAUGUUUUGUAACAAAAAUAUGAUAAAUA